AUGGCAAAAGACCUCUCUCGGGCGAGCCGGUGGAACAGCGAGGCGACCGUAGACCAGAAGCAGCUGCAGCUUCGAGGGCCGGUAAUCCUGGAGCGCUAUCCUAAGGAGAAAAUGUUGCCAGCCUUAAACAAGAUUAAAUUUUUAGUCCCCCAAGACUUCACCAUGGGCCAGUUUGUAACCAUCAUCCGCAACAGGAUGGCCCUCGGAUCCACGCAGGCGCUCUACUUCCUUGUGGACGGCAACCACAGCCUCGUGAACAUGUCCUGCACCAUGGCCAACAUCUACAUCACGUACAAAGAUGAGGACGGCUUCCUUUACAUCACCUACGCCUCCCAGGAGAUGUUUGGAUGA